AAAAAAAAAAGUUCAGUUUCAACGCGGUCAUCAAAAGUCAAGUCCAGAUUUUUCAACUCUAUUUUCUCAACCCAAAGCACGCACCUUACCAUUUUCCUUCUCCAACCCACCCGCGAAACGAUCGCCAAUCGACUCAAAGCAACGCGCUCGAAAUUGACUGGAGAUGAAUCAGAUGAUUUCUUCGGAAAACCCUAACUGGCUCUAUGAUUACGGUGUUAUCGACGAAAUUCCUGUCUCAGUUUGUGAAUUUCAGGCUCCGGCAACCGGAUUUCACUGGCCUCCUUCACAGGGAUUUAACGGUUCUUCUUCUGUCAGUGUUGAAAUUGAUGGCUCCUUUGGGGAUUCAGAUGCCUUGGAGGAGACGGGCUCCCGGAAAAGGGUGAGGUCAGAAUCAUGCUGUGCUUCUGGGUCCAAAGCAUGUAGAGAGAAAAUGCGGAGAGAUAGGCUGAAUGACAGGUUUGUGGAGUUGGGUUCCAUCCUUGAGCCUGGAAGGCCACCUAAAAUAGACAAGGCGUCUAUAUUGAGUGAUGCUGUUCGCAUGGUGACUCAGUUGCGCGGUGAAGCCCAGAAACUGAAGGGGUCGAAUGAAAGCCUACAAGUGAAAAUUAAAGAGUUGAAGGCUGAGAAGAAUGAGCUGCGUGAUGAGAAACAGAGGCUAAAGGCAGAGAAGGAGAAGCUGGAGCAACAAGUUAAAGCCACGAGUGCUCAACCAGGGUUUCUGCCUCACCCUACUCCCAUCCCAGCUGCAUUUGCUGCCCAAGGCCAAGCUGCUGGAAGCAAGCUGAUGCCAUUCGUUGGUUACCCGGGAGUUGCAAUGUGGCAAUUCAUGCCACCUGCCGCUGUCGACACCUCACAAGACCAUGUUCUCCGACCACCAGUUGCAUAGGUCAAACAGACUUCAAUGUUUGAUCUUUGUUUAGUUUAAGUCAUUGAUUGAUGUUGCCUAUAUCAGAUUUCUUGGGAGUCAGGCAAACCUUAUUUAGUGUGGAUUUCCGUGGGGGCUUGAUGACUUCCUUCUUGAUUGAUGCUGAUAGAUUGUAGUGUCAAUAAGGAGAUCAUGUAAUUUAUAUUUCGGUUUUCUAGCUGUUUCUACCUACAUCCCAUGACUCUGUUGAAACAUUCAUUUGAGUGUUUAUUCUCUGUUUCUGCCUGUGAAACAAUCUUUGCGACCUUGAGGAGGAUUGGAUUGCCAAGACAUUGCAAAAUGCCAAAUAAAUGGGAAAUAUAAUUGAUGCCUCUAUUGGCGUUGUUUA